UAUGUUUACGAAUUAAGUAGUGGAAACGAAUCGAAAGUGUAUCAGACAAAGUACAGUUAAUACACAAGUGUGCUACGACAUUACGAGUACAUAAAGUAAACAGUUAAAUUACGUGGCGGGUUAUUGGACGAGUGGAACUGAAUGUGGAUCUGAAUUACUUCAUCUGAAUUUGGAAAUCACUGAAGUUCGAAACAACAAUGCAGAGGAUUAGACUUGCAACCUUUGAUGUUACCAACACUCUGCUUAAGUUUAAGCUUCCAAUUGGAGAAGAAUACUCCCAGACAUCAAAGCUUUAUGGUAUUCAGAGUGAUGCAGCUCAGCUGAAUGCAGCAUUCAAAAGACAGUGGAUAAUUUUGAACCAGCAGCAUCCUAACUUUGGAGCCACAACAGGACUUGAACCCAAAACUUGGUGGACGAAUUUGAUAAGCAGAACAUUCCUUGAUGCUGGAUAUGAUUAUUUGGACCAAACACAGCUUCAGACUUUAUCUCGCCAUCUUUUUAAAGCAUACAGCAGUAAAGUUUGCUGGCAGAUGCAACGUGGAACACGAAGCCUUCUACAGAACCUAGCAAAAGCUAAUGUACAGCUUGGCAUAAUUUCUAAUUUUGACACCCGCUUGCAGGGCAUUUUGUCCGAAGUAGGUCUUCUGCAUAACUUUGAUUUUGUUAUUGAUUCAUAUUCAGCCAAAGUGAAAAAACCUAACCAAGAGAUCUUUAACUUAGCCAUAGAACGUGUGAAACAUUUAGACAUUCAACCAGAACAGGCUGUUCAUAUUGGUGAUGACCUAGAAGUGGACUACCUAGGAGCUAGAAAUGCUGGAUGGAAUGCUCUACUCUUAACUAAGAAAGAAAGCCUCUCACCAGAACAACUAAAAAUUGUUAACCCAAAUCACAUCUUAAAUGAACUUGGAGAAGCUGAAAAACACAUACUUGAACCUCAUGUUGUGAGGUCUCGAAACUAACCGUGACAAAAUAAGAGUUUCUGUUCAGUCCUCAUAAAAUAAGUGGCUGUAAUGAAUUUGUUUUCUUUAGAAUA